CAGAAAAAUUCAUAUGAGAUAAUAUUUAAGUAAUACGAUCACUUGGCAAACACAUAUUCGACUCGGCUAGCACGUAGGCUGCUCGUUGGUCAUAUCAUACAAGCAUCCAUUCUAUCGUCUUCUUGAUAUUUGCAUUUCUUUAUACCAGAUUCCAACGUAAUGGCGACAAGUAUCUGGAAUCAAAUUACUCUUUUAUCUGCAAUGUGUGUUAUUGUAUUUAGUGUCGGAAUAGAUGAACAGACUGAUUGUACAGCGAUACUUCAUAAAUGCCCCAACGGAACCGAUGAUAGUGGUAAAAUUUGCGGUAAUGACAACAGAAAUUAUGACAGUACGUGUCAUCUUCUUCGUCGAUCCUGCAAAAUGGAUUUGCCUCAUCUUAAAAAAUUCUAUGACGGCAAAUGCGUUGAUCACCUUAAGAUGUGUCCAAGAAUAUGCGAGUCUGGAACACGUACAUCAAAAGUAUGCGGAUCAGAUGGAAGAACAUACACAACUGAAUGUGCUGUUCGACGAAGAAGAUGCCGUCUCGGUUCAGAUCUCACAGUCGCAUAUCAAGGAAGAUGUAGGACUAAGGAAGAAACUGUUGAGAACGAUCACCGUGAUAUCUGUUCAAGAAAAUGCGAGCCUGGCACACGGACAUCGAAAGUAUGCGGAUCAGAUGGAAGAACAUACGCAACAGAAUGUGCUGCUCGACGAAGAAGAUGCCGUCUCGAUUCAGAUCUCACGGUCGCAUAUCAAGGAAGAUGUAGGCCUAAAGAAGAAGUUCAUUCAAAAGAAACUGUAGAAAUUGAGGUUGUAGAUGAGAGGAUUGAAAAAGAAAUAACUGGCUCUCCAUUCGAAAACGAGGAAAUUGUUGUUGAAAUUAUUGAAAUCGAUCACCGUGACACCUGUUCAAGAAAAUGCGAGCCUGGAACACGGGCAUCGAAAGUAUGCGGAUCAGAUGGAAGAACAUACGCAACUGAAUGUGCUGCUCGACGAAAAAGAUGACGUCUCAAUUCAGAUCUCACGGUCGCAUAUCAAGGAAGAUGUAGGCCUAAAGAAGAAGUGCAUUCAAAAGAAACUGUAGAAGUUGAGGUUGUAGAUGAGACGAUCGAAAAAGAAACAACUGGCUCUCCAUUCGAAAACGAGGAAAUUGUUGUUGAAAUUAUUGAAAUCGGUACGACAGAAUUACCGAAAGACGAAUAGAUUUAAAUAGACUGCAAUUAUGAAAUUAUAUAAAUAUGUACGUGUUGGUUUGUUUCUAUAAAGUUAACAAUGAGUGAGGAGAACAUGGCAUUUUUCCUUCUGUUGACAAAUGUAUGCUUUCAGAGAAUAGUGAAAAAUCAUUGUGAAUGCGUUUUUUGAACAAUUAUCGUAUUAUAUUAAGUAAAUUUAAUUCCAUGUAUAUAAUAACAUGAAAUUCUAAAUCUACAUUAAAUCAUCUGCAAAUUAAUUUGGAAUCAUUUCACAUUUUCGCAGCUUGCUCAUUUAAUUUGUUAUAUAUUUGUCUUACAAGGGACAGGAGGCCUUGAGUUUAAAUGAAUUCUCUGUACAGGGAGCGAGAAUUUACAUUAAACGAUUGCUUUUAGAUUCAAAUACAGAAUUUACUUGUCCUCAACGGAAACUUUUGUGGUCACAAUCGCUCGUACAAAAAAAAAGAUAGGCCUAUGCAUUUUACACACAAUUACAAAUAUCAAUACUAUAAUGUAUAAUAAAAUAAUAAAAACUGAUUAAACAAUCAUAUAUACAUGUAUGCAAGCCUACAUGAGUUGAGCAUUAUACAUGAGUUGUAGAAAAAUAAUAAGUCAUAAUUGUUGAAUUGAGGUUUUAUGGUUUAUAUUUGAUUACCAUAUAUUUAUAUUUUUGUAAUUGUUUUGUUUUUUACAUAUAUUUGCAAAUUCUGUUUUGUAUUAUUGUAAUAAAACAGAAUAUUAUAAUUUUACAAACUUUUAAAUAGUAGGACUAAAUCAUAUUUCAUUCCUGAUACAAGAUGUUUGCUCUUUUUUAUGGUUAAAUAUCUGCUCUUAUAAUCUGCCUGAAUGUUUUCUUUUUGUUGAUAUGUUAUGGGUCCCUAGAUACUUGCGAACCCGUUUUCUACCAUAGCCAUCCCCUAAGACAUGAUUUAGUAAAGCUUACGAUGAGUUCUGAUCAGUCUCCUGACUAUACAACUAAUAACAUUAAUUGUGUGCUAGUUUUAUUUGAUUUUAUUGAUAAUGUGUUUUUCAAUCGAGCUCACCUGUCUAUUAUUUAAUUGGAUUUUGCUAACUUCCUCUCUCGGCGCUUCAUUAUUAUUUUUUAUUUCAGCGCAUUAAAAUACAACAAAGAACACAACAGAAUUGCAAGUAAACAAAGAAAGAGGAGGGUUGAUGAGUGGCAAAAGCGGUACAAAAACUACUUUCACCGGAUAUGGUGUGCCCUUCCAACUCCAGUUUCAAUACAUUUAAAACAUGUAAAAAUACUUUCAAUUAAAAAUGGUAGGCCAAAGCAAAAUAAUGGAAACUAUAAACUUUAAAAUAAAUGCAGUUGGCCUAUUAAUUAAAUAAAAAUAUGAAUUUUUAAAGGUAACAAUAAUAACUAUUAUCAAAAUUAUGUUGCUUUUGAAGCAGAAUGUUUUUGCGUCUCCGUGUACUUUCCGGCAACACAAACGUUAAGAUAACUUACGCUAACAUUGUGAACGCUGUGGAUAUACCGUGAAAACUGUGAAGUUGCUAUACUGUAAAACCUCGAGUAGAAUCUCAAUGGGCUUAUUAUUGAGAAAAACCCAUCUUGAAUUGUUUCAAUAAUCAUCAUAAUGUACUGGCAUACUCUUUGACUGUUCAGCUUUUGCCGCAUAACGUUUUAUUGCAUUUUUGUUGAAAUUGUUUUGUAUCAAAUAUAAAUCAAGGUUUCCUAAUUUUAUAUUAAAUAAUAAUAACUAGCAUAUAUUUUUAAUUGAAGACAUUUUUGUAUAGUACGCAAUAUUUAUACGACUAUAUUCACAGCGUAUUGACCUGUGCCCUUAUUCUUUUUAUCUUUAUUAAAUCUCGCUCUCAUUUCAACCCCAU